UUUCCAUUUUCCAAUGGAGAUAUAACUUUGUCAUUUUUUAAAGGAAAUCUAGGCCGAAAAGAAAACAUACAUUGUCAUAGUCAAGUCACCACUUGCGACUUUCUGUACUUUUUGCAUGUUCCAAGUUUACUUUUUCAUAAAAAUGUAAUCAUGCAGUCAUCCGCGAAUUUUGAGCCCAAACAAGUGUACACCAAAACCACAUGUGCACAGUGUGGAUUUUAUAUAAUGUUGUUAUUUUCUUUGGUGUUUAGAAAUAAUUAAAUGGGCAGUACCAAGGAACUUAACUGCGCUAGAAGAUUUUAAUUCUUGUAUGAAUCCAUUCUUUAUUUUUAAACUAUGUUUACUUGCACGGAGUCAUUUCACGUCGAAAUGUCGCUUGGUCAGGAGAGGGGGCUUCAUCUCCUGCGAGCCCUGUACCGUGAACUUCGACCUAGUGUGCUCGAGCCCAACAAGCACGUUUAUCAAACCCCGGCGUGGAAGUACAUUGUGAAAACAUGUCGAGAGUGUCCCCCCAGCGAGCCAUCUCCUGAGACGAUUUCCCCUGCCCUCCGUGUGGGCGAGUACUAUGUCAGUGCUCUCAGGGGCACCAGAGAAUAUUUGAGAAUUCACACAGUGUACAAAGGCAAAGGAGAACGCUCACCCAAGGAUUUGGCAGAAAUUCUUGGGUUUUACAUGCCUGAUGACCCAACGCCUGAUCCAAGAAAGAAAAACCAUAAGACAAAUAGGGACGAUUCAAUUACAAAUACCCCAAAUUCCUAGCCUUUUCAUUUAAUUUGAUAUGGAAUAUUCUACUAAAGACUGUUCAGUUAAAAGACCUUUCUUACUUAUAAUACGAGUGCUGCACUGAAUUACUGACGAUGAGUGUAGUAACGCUUAAUAAGUAGUUCUCAAGUCAUUUGUAAAUUUAUAGUUGCUAGUUUUAAAUAGUAAGUUUUAAAGUAGAUAAUUAGCAUUAAAUUGGAUACUGACUGAUAAUAGAUUUGUUUCAAAUAAAAAUGUACACAUAACGAAACAGUUAAA